AUGUGUCAGAAAGCAUUUUCCUAUCCAAAGGAAGGGAGAAAACAUGGCCACCUAUGGUGUAUAAAAGCUUAUGAUACAGACCUUACAAGCACAGUAAAGUGCUAGGAAAGAACGGCAAUGUAUCGCUCAAGGAGCAGGCUUUUUCAUUACUUUGUGAUCAAUGGAUUGCUGAUGUGCUUGUUGUACGGAGGUGUAACAGCGAUAAUUGGGGUCGACGAAUGUCAGGCAAUGCGUGUGAUACACUUCCUGCAGUAUCCGGGCUGUGUACCGAAGCCAAUUCCCAGUUACGCGUGCAAAGGACGAUGCAGCAGUUACCUGCAAGUAUCCGGAUCCAAAAUGUGGCAAAUGGAGAGGAGCUGUAUGUGUUGUCAAGAAAGCGGUGAGAGAGAGGCUAGUGUGUCCCUGUUCUGUCCGCGAGCGAAACCAGGAGAGAAGAAAUUCAGGAAGGUAAUUACCAAGGCACCGCUGGAAUGCAUGUGCAGACCAUGCACAAGCGUAGAAGAAUAUGCGAUAGUCCCUCAGGAGAUCGCAGGAUUCGCCGACGAAGGCCCCUUCGCAACGUCCGCGCAUUUCAGAAGAUCCUCUGGUUUAGAAUAGAUACAUCUUUGUGCCACUAUUGCUUCGCAGGCGUUCAAAUGUAUUAAUAUAUAACACACGAAGAGAUUUCAUGUUAAUCAACUAUAAAGAUUAAAAUAAAUUCUUAAAGCGAGA